GUCUGAGAAGAGAACUAUCUCAUACGAUGCAAUGGAAAUUUGGCUGCUGUUAACAGUAGCAGGAAUGGUCUCCUCCACUUCCCAAAUUAUCUCACUGGAAGAAAAUCAAACUGAAACAAAAAUUGAAGUAAUUCAGGAAGGUUCUAAUGUGUCUCUGCACUGUCGCUUGUGGCCCAACAGCCAAGGACGUUGUAAAGUUAUUUGGUUAUUCAACUCCAGUAGAAACUCCAAGACGGAUCAUAAAAACCUCUCAGAUCUGUGCAGUACAAUGGGAACAUACACUCUUGACAAGGUUUUCCAGAAUAACAGUGGAUGGUACUCCUGCGAAUCUACAAGGGAAAUUCCAAAUCUUCAGACUAAAGUCAGUAACUGGAUACGGCUAAUAGUCAAUCCUGAAAAUCCUCCCUUUGUAUGGAGUGACUGGAUGUGGAUCGCACUGGGAGCUACAGGACUUGUUUUAGUGAUUUUGGUGAUUGUGUUUUUCAUGUUGAGAAGAGGACAGCUCAAAGAGAGAGAGUGCCCGAUCUACGCCAACACGCGCCCAGGGAACCUCAGACAGCAGCCCUCUCCACGCGCAGCCCCCUCAGAUAAUACUCUGAAAACAAACUCAUCCUACCAGAACCUGCGCACUCCAGAAGUGAGCAGAACAUACGAGCACAGCAGGAGACUCUCGCCACGCCAAUAACAUUGACACUGAUGUUAAUUUAAAGCACUGUCCACAUGCACGCAGCCUUUUGCAGUUUAUGUAAUGUUAUUCCUCAAA